GGUCCCGCCCUCCUCCAGUAUUAAGUGUGUUGAGUAACUGACUUGAAGUUAUUCCGCUUUCUACCGACAUCUCUCCUGCUCUUUUAAACACAGAACUAACCCGAGGCCAUGAACAGCUUCAUCAGAGCCACAGCUCGGUGUCUCCGGUUCGGGGCCGCGGUCUACGGGCCCAGGCCAGCCGACGUGUGGUCGGCCCCGGGCCGGCGGCUCCUGUGCGCGGCGGCGGCGGACGUCCAGAAGGACCUUGGCGAGAAGGUGACGAAGGACAAGGUGGUGGUGUUCAUCAAGGGGACACCGGCUCAGCCCAUGUGCGGCUUCAGUAACGCGGUGGUGCAGAUCCUCCGGAUGCACGGAGUGGACGACUACGCUGCCUACAACGUGCUGGACGACCAGGAGCUGAGAGAAGGAAUCAAGGUGUUCUCCAACUGGCCCACGAUCCCCCAGGUGUACUUCAACGGCGAGUUUGUGGGAGGCUGCGACAUCCUGCUCCAGAUGCACCAGAAUGGAGAUCUGGUGGAGGAGUUCAAGAAGCUGGGAAUCCGCUCUGAACUGCUGGAAACUGAGAAAGAGUCCAAGUAGAGGACGAGUACAAACUUCAGAAGAGCUGACUACACAGAGGACACGUUUAUCAAGUUGAAUCCCCCCCCCCCCACUCAUAUGGUCACAUAUGAAUCAAGUCUGUAGGCAGCCAUGGGAAAAGCAAACUCUGAGGGCAGAUGAAGGUGACAAGUGUAAACUAUUUUAGUGGCUGCACUUUAUCUUGAGUCAGGAAUAUAUAUGCUUUAGAGUGUUCCAUACCCAUAAAUAGCUACGUGUGAUACAGAGCUCCCUCUGCACUGUUUAUACUCUGAGUAACUCCUCUUAAUGUGCACAGAUCAUGUACCUGACAGGUGGGGAACUAAAUAUUGGAAGAAAUGAGUUGACAAUGUCUUCACAGGGAUUCCAAAGCUGUUUUACCUAAAAUACAUCUGUACUACAAUCCUCACCUCGACUGUAAAGCUGCAGACACAUUGUUUGGCCACUUUGGGGGCAGAAGAUUCAAAUAACAAACCAAUACACUGACCUAUUAUCACAUUUUAUGUUUUAUAUGGCAAACUCAUUGGCAUUCUCCUUGACUUCCAUUUCUGGUCACUCAGAUUAACAUAAGGCAAAUGUUCACUCUUCUUCUAUCUCUGUUGUGGUCGCCACGCACUCCUGAAAAAAACCCCUCCGACCCUCCAGCUGCUACAUGCACCACUCUGCUCACCAGCUAGCUGUUAACUUUAAUAAGUCUGGUGCUGGGCAAAUAGUGCACAGUGGGUAUUAACAGCUUCUCUUCCACUGAGAACCGCUGCCUGCUGGUCAGACUGUUGCUGUGAGAGGGAACCAAACAGUCGUGGGCCACAGAGCCAAGACAACAGGUUCAUAGAGAAGAGAAGAGAUGCUUUGCCACCCCCCUUUUUUAAUGUUGCACAAAAUCUUCUGAUCCGUUGUGAAAAUUGUGAUCAUAGCUUUAAUAUUAUUUAAUAUUUUCUUAUCACACAGGCAGGGAAAGCUUAGAUUUUUGUUCUCUUGCUUCUUUAAUAUCUAAUUUCACCAAAUUCAAAAUUGUAUCCUAAAAGAUGUGUUUUAAAAAAACAACAAUGUUAAGUCAUCAUCGUUGCUCCAGUCACAGCAAAUACAAAAAUUGAUGUCCGACUAUCGUGUUGGAGAAUCAUUGAGGUUGGACUUCCACUGUUUGGUUCCCUACCGGUGUUUUAACUGGUUUAACACAAAACUGCUGGUAACCUUUCUUAUCCAGGCCUUUCCAAUCCCUGCUACCUCUAUUGUCCAUCUGUUUUCUAAAGCCACAGUCAUCAAGACCAAGUGACUCUCAGGGUGCAACAAGAUAUAAGUGAAGGUGUUACUGAUGCUUUAUCUUGGGUCACACCACAAACCUUCUGAAUACACUGCCAGCAAGCACAGUUCACCUGGAGGAGGAACAGGGGACAGACAGUACAGCUGAUGGUUUAAUGUAAAUGCUGUCCAAUGACAUCACGCGUGAAUUGGGUUUAGUGGUGAAGGUAAACCAGACAUGGACCAGACUGUCACUGACAUCACAGACAUGCACUGUCAGUAGCUUCUAAAUUUGCCUUCUAUCUGUUCUUCCUGCCAGGAUCCCCAUCCUAAAUGUGCCCCCCCUGUUUUAACGUCGACAGAAACGCAACAAACUUGAAAAUGCCUGAUAUGUUGAAUAUGUUGGAGACUGUCUAUCUGUCCGUGAAUGUGUGGAGUGUUUCCUUUUCUUGUGUGAGGGGUGGGGGAGAUGUUUUUUUCUUUUUGUUACUUUGAGUUAUCUCUCCUUCAGCCUAAGAACGUUGUGAUCUUUAUCAAUCCUCCUGUAGGUGUUCCUCCUGCUGCACACAGUUGUAUUAUCAAAGCAAUGGUCAUGUAGUACGCUGUAAGAUAUUGUACAUUGAAAGCAUAUUAUUAAAUGUAUUUUAGCUGCAUGUAAACCCUACGCCAAUUAAAUAUUUUGUGACAAAUAA